GCGGGGGAUAGCCGGGGAGGGGGCGGGCUGCGGAGCGCUGCGUCGGGGCCUGGCGGCAUGUGGCGGCGGGUGUUGCGGCCCCUGUGCGCCGCGAUGGGGAGCGCCUUCCCCUCAGGCUCGCGCCCCGGCGCCGCUGUCCCCGGGGGCGGUGUGGGGCGGCCGGCACGGCGCGCGGGGGGCGGCGCCGGCGCGACCUGGGCGCGGGGGGCGGCGGAGCGGCGCCGGGCGGCAGAUGAUGCUCUUUCCAAAUUCAACAUUGACUUUGUUGUAGCUCUGCUGAGGCAAGAAAAUGCUAAAGAUAUUUGUGUCAUCCAGGUACCUCCAGAAAUAAGAUACUGUGAUUAUUUUAUAAUUGUGAGUGGAUCUUCAACACGACAUCUCCAUGCAAUGGCAUAUUACAUGCUGAAAAUGUAUAAGCAUCAGAAAGAAGAAAGUGAUCCUCAUGCUCAUAUUGAAGGGAAAGAGACAGAUGACUGGCUGUGCAUUGAUUUUGGUAGCAUAGUGAUGCAUUUCAUGCUCCCAGAGACAAGAGAGACUUACGAAUUGGAAAAGCUAUGGACUCUCCAUUCCUAUGAUGACCAGUUAGCACAGAUGACUCCACAGUCACUGCCAGAAGACUUUAUAUUUGGACUCACUCCCCAACAGCAGUGAUAAUCGUCUUGCAACAAGAACUUAAUGCAGCUACUGAGUUGCCCAAAUGGAAAGUGAAAUGAGUAUGCCUUCACGCACCUCCGAGAGGCGUAUAGUGUGAUUAUUGGCUUAGGUCACUACAGUUGAUUAUUACAAAACAGUAGGUUUUAUUGGAUGUGCCUAUGUAAGUUGCUGAACAAGCUAGUAAAAUAAUUGGGCUUUAUCAUAAGGAAGGAGUCAAAUCAUAAGGAAAUUUCAUGGUGGAGUCACUGUCUUAAUGGUGGUUGUAGUGAGAACAGCUGGGUACUGACAGCUACUUAAGCUACUUCUGAAACUCAGUCUCUGCCCCUCAAGCUACUUCUGAAACUCAGUCUCUGCCCCUCCAAUGAAUGUUUUUCUAAUAUCGUUGAAGGGUCCUCCUGUAACGAUGGUGCACAUGAAGUAUCGUUCCUGCAAAAAGUCUGAGUGCUGCAAGGCGGAGAGCUGGAACAGUAUGGCUUAGGUAAAACCUUUUUGCAUUAGGUCAGUUGCUUCUGGUCAUGAUAAAGCAAAUCGUACUCCAUUUGAGUUGAAAGAAGAGGGAAAACAGCCUGAUACUAACUGAGCGCAUAAAAGCUAAGAGCAGUGGCAAAUGUGUCUUGAGUUAACAGAACAGUAAUUCUGUUUUUCAGCCAAGGCCAAUCUGUUUUUAAUUAAAAAAAAAAAAAUAAACAGAAAAAACCCAA